CUCCUGCAUCAUCUUUUCAAGAAAUUGCCCAGCUUGAUGCCAGGUGGGAAUACACAGAGGUGAGACUCAGACUACAGUUAGUGGAUUUUAGAACUUCAGCAAAAUGGAGACAUGGAUAUACUGAAGCAUAAAUGGUGGCCAAAGAAUGGUCAGUGUGACCUAUACUCAUCAGUGGAUACCAAACAGAAAGGAGGCGCCCUGGACAUAAAGAGCUUUGCAGGGGUGUUUUGUAUCCUGGCUGCUGGGAUUGUCCUCUCCUGUUUCAUUGCAAUGCUGGAAACAUGGUGGAAUAAAAGGAAAGGCUCCCGGGUUCCAUCAAAAGAGGAUGACAAGGAAAUUGACCUGGAACAUCUUCAUAGACGUGUUAACAGCCUCUGCACAGAUGACGACAGCCCCCAUAAACAAUUUUCAACCUCAUCAAUUGAUUUGACCCCACUGGACAUUGACACGUUGCCCACACGCCAAGCACUGGAGCAAAUCAGUGACUUCAGGAACACUCAUAUCACCACGACAACCUUCAUACCAGAACAGAUCCAGACUCUUAGCCGUACGCUGUCAGCUAAAGCUGCUUCUGGUUUCUCCUUUGGCAACAUGCCUGAGCACCGAACUGGCCCUUUUAGGCACAGGGCACCUAACGGGGGCUUUUUCAGAAGUCCUAUCAAAACAAUGUCAUCUAUCCCAUACCAACCAACUCCUACUCUGGGGCUCAAUAUCGGUAAUGACCCAGAUCGAGGCACCUCCAUAUGAGCUUCAGACCAAGCUUCUUCAUUGUUUCUUUUUAGGACUCCCUUUGCAAGGAGCAGCUGUAAUAUUAUGGGACUAACAUGGAUGUAACUUUUAAAAAAAAAAAAAAUCAGGAUUCUUAGUAACAACUCACUAUUUCUCCUCCUGUCCCCUGCUUUCUCUGUCUCCUCCUCUCUUCUCUUGUCACCUGUUUCUUUGAAAAAAAAAUCCCACUAGUUUUAUAUUAGUACACUUUUCAUAUACUUUAAGUAUAAGAAAUGUGCACUGAAUAUGGAUAAAAGAUAGAGGGUUAUUUCACAGAAGGGCGUUUGUAUCUCCCCUCUUUCCCCAUUUUUUAUAUAAUUGCAAUAACUUCAAUCCUUUACAUUUGUUCUGCUGCAUCCAUUCAGUGCUCCGCUGCUGUUGUGUGUCCUUUUAACUGUGGACCAAAGGCAAACCCUGCAGUAAAAUAAAAACAAAUUGAAAAAAAAGGAAAAAAACAUUCAGGCCACAUAAUAUGAGAAUGCAAUUUUGUAGGAUUACAAAAAGCCAUUACUAUGCCAGGAAAGACUACAGUUAAAUCUACUUUUGCACUGCAACAGUGCAUAUGACCUUUAUGUGAUUGUACAGUGUUAAAAGUUUUUCUUAUGUACAGUAAACUGUAUCAUAUGGCAGAGGCCUCUGUUGUGAAAUAAAUUAGUAUCACAUAAAUAUAUAUACAUAUGUAUGUGUGUAUAUAUAUCUAUAAAAUGGCAGCCGUUGCUAUUGCAAUUCAUUUAAUAAUGCUUUAGUAAAAAUGUGUUGUAUACGGGAAAGCUAUACAGUGCAGGGGGUCUUUUUGUUUAGAAAAGAGAUUGGCUUUAAUAUUAUUCUGACUUGUAUUGUUUGCCAACAGACCUUAUUUUAUACUUUUUUAUUAGAACAUCCGGGUUAAUUUAAUGUUUGUACCCAGAUGUAACUCAUUUGAUUAGAUUUUGCAUUGGCUAUUCAGCAGUGUAUAAGGCUAAACUUGGUAAUUUUACUUUUUAAUUAAUUUAACCAAUGGAAAACUCUCUUAGGUAAACCACAUCCAUGGAUAACUAAUUCAGCUCUAGAGAAGUUUAAAUGUAGAUCAUAGAAGGUUAAGAAAUUCUUUUCCAAAUCAGUACCAUCAAUCAAUACAAUAAUGGUGUUACUGGGACAAAAAAGACUUGAGAAAUAUUGAUGUGGCCUUAAAUAGAGUCAUAUUAUGCUAAGAAAAAAAAUGGAUUGAGCUAUUAUUUUAACCCUUACUUUAUUCAUUUAUAUUUAGGGGAGCUGUGUAAUUUUUAUAUUGGUGCCAGCUGUAUAGAAAGACAAAAGAACAGCAAUGAGAGCAAAAACAGUGCCUGCUUUGGCACAGGCUUCUUAAAGUAACACUCUUAUCUGUUAGAAAUGUAGAAUGAGCUUUCAGUUUGUAAUCCUUAAAAUCAGAAAUGUCGUUAAGUAGAAAACAAGCAACUUAUCCCAUGUUGAGUUCUUUGUUUUUGUUAGUUUGUGUUUUUGGUUUUUUACGCAACCGUACACUUAUGUUAACCUAACCCAUUCUAUGGCUAGAACUGAUAUAGGAAUCAGCCUAUGUGAUUUGCUUUAGGGGAAAUUAAAAGGUAUAUUCUUCAGCUCUAUUCUAUUUUGAUGCUAAUUCUGUUCUGGAGGAGCAUCUUGUACUGUCAAUGUUUUUGUACUAAAUCUUCAAAUAUUGUCUACUGUGUAAGGCAGAACAAUUUCUUAUCAUGCAAAUGGCCAUUUUGUUUCCAGGGUUGCAAGUCUAAAAGCAUGCACAACUUGUUUCCCCUUGUAACAUUCAUGAACUCAUACAUGACUCUGAUUUCAAAAAAAAA